CUGUCCCAUCCCACUAAGCUUACUGAACGUGACAGGUGGCCUUAGUGGGAUUUUUUUUUUUUAAAUUGUAUUGAUUUAUAUAUUUAAGCACUAAAGCAUUAUAAAGAUGGUAGUGCAAUACAAGACUACAUAAAUUUAGUAAAUUUAAGAAAGACUACAAGUAAAACAAUUCUUUAAAGAUUUGUAAAGCUAAGUGUAAUCAAGCUUCUUGGAUGGUGAAAAAGAUUUUCAGUGCCAAAGAAAUAUUUGGAUGGCAUAGCAUGGCAUGAAAACUACCUGAAGCAGCUAAACAAAUUUUCUAUUAAGAAUGUGUACCUCUUAAUGGGUGAUGAUUACUCAAAAAUGGAGUAGAAGAGGCUUAUUUGAAAUAAUUCUGGGUUCCCAAAAUCGAUCUUCAUCCUGCAGUUGGCACUGCUGGACAGAUUAUCUACCAAGGAUUGUCUACUGUCUUGGAGCUUUAUUUAAACAACUACAUGUCCACUUCGUGAUCAAUUGGAUGAGAGCCACAACCAUCUCUUUUUUUUCUCCAUGUUCCUACUCAAAGUAUAUAUGGAACAAAAUAUUGCAAUGGAAGGGUAUUAAUAGGCAUGCUCAAAACUAGCAAGAAGGAUAUAUGGAACAAAAUAAUGCAAUGGAAGGGUAUUAAUAGGCAUGCUCAAAACUAGCAAGAAGAGAGAACACAGACUACUAUACAUGCAUCUGGUCAAGUGUUAAAGCUGACCUUUACAGAAUGACUUUAGUAGGAGCGACUUAUCAUAUAUGAUUGGAAAGAAAUGCAAGACUGUUUACACAAAGGAAGUGAGUGAGCAAAAAUUUGUGCGACAAAUUGUCCAAGAAGUCUUUGUCCGAGGAUCCAUGAUGAAGAAAAUGAAGAAUCAUCUAACAGAUAUGAACUUACCUACCUUGAGUUGGCUAGAAUUUUAUAAGUUUCUUUUUGAUUUGUUUGAUUGGAAAAUUCGUUCUUGAGCUGGGGGGUCUCUCAGGUAGAGGAGAGAAAUACGAGCUGGCCAAGAAAAUGAAGAUAAAGCUAGUGAAUCACCGGUGGUUAGAAGAUUGUUUAAUGGCUUGGGAAAUUCUACCUGAGGCUUGCUAUGAUAAAAGUGGCUAUGAGUUGGAGAUGAUGGAAGCUGAAGCCAAGGAUUCUGAAGAUGAGCGAGACGACAUUGCUGCAAACAUGGGCAAGGAGAGAGCUUCUUUCACUAGUCCUCAACAUUCAAAGAGUCCCGAUCAAUUCCUUUUGAAGGAGGAAAUCUCCAGGAACAUCUUAGAGAUACAUACACCUACAGGUUUGUCAAAUUUUGGAAACAAUAAAGAGCUGUUAUUAUGUGCUCCCAAGGAAUCAAAAUCAGACCUGGCUACAGCCUUUGAAGAAUCUCACAAUAGGCAAUUUGAGACCCAUGGCCCCACAAUGAAUAGAAAUGAAGAUGGGCCACACAGCAUGCUACGAGAUGGAAAUAUUCUGACUUCGGUUUCUAAUAGUGCGAAGGAGUCUGCUAGCUCUUGUUUGUCAAACAGUUGUGUUAAAGGUUAUUCCCGAAAAAGACCUAGAAAAAUCAGCCUCGCCAUGGCCUCGGAACAAAUUGAGAGUGAAGGAUGUCCCGCUAAUGAGGUGAGUAAACAUUGUGAUAACUUCAGCAUGUCUUCAGAGAAAGAGCAGGAUGGAACUGAUGUUGGUUCAGCAAAAAUCCCUACAACUAAAUUGGCAUGCCUUAAAAAGGGCCAAAGUGGUGUGCUUCCUGAGAAAAGGAGGGUGGACAUGUUAUAUAAUGGCUCUCCAAAACCGAAUCAUAACCCAGAAAGCAUGUUAGACAGUGACCUGGGUGUUAAAAGUUAUUCACGAAAAAAAUCUGGAAAAAUUGGUCUCAACAUGGCUUUGGAAAAAAUUGAGAGUGCAGGAUGUCCUCCCACUAAUGUGGUGAGUCAACAUUGUGGUAACUUGAACAUCUCCUCAGAGAAAGAGCAGGAUGGAACUGAAGUUGGUCCUACUGAAAUUCCUACAAGUAAAAUGCCAUGCCUUGAAAAGGGCCAAAGUGGUAUACUCCCUGCAAAAAGUAGGAUGGACAUGUUAUUUAAUGGCUCUCCAAAAACGAAUCAUAGUCCAGAAAACGUGUUAGAUGGUGACCUGGUGGAAGAUCGUGGUGAAGAGUUAGGCAGACAUUUGUCAUUACAGAAUAAUAUCCAAUUUGGCAAUGGUGCAGGUCUUGACCCCUUGAAAAGUUGUGAUGCUUCUUUCUCCAAUUCCAUAAAACAUGGCAAUCAGCGAGAGUGUGAUGAGGAUGCAUUGCAAGCUGCCAAUUGUGCAGUUGUGGGGUUAAAAAGGACAGCUUUCAGCAGCAAUGUGGACCCUGUGAAUUUUCACUCAUGUGAGACUGAACAUUCUACAGGUGAACAAAACUGUCCAAGGAGUGAACUACAAGCUGUCAAAAAUCCAUCUCCAGGCAAUGAAAGAGAAUAUAUUGAGAAGUCUAUUCAGUUGGCUGAAUUGGACGAUGUUGUAGGAGAUGCUAGGUCAGGGUCUAAGCCAUUAAAGAUAAAAUCCCUUUCCAAGAAGACACUGGGAUCUGGACUAAGUCUCUGCGAAAGGGAAGCAAGAAAUCAGAAAGGUACUGCAUUUCAUAACAAGACUGUUUCAGCAAAUGAUUCUGCACCUUCUGUGAGCUGGGGCAGAAAGGACAGAGAUCACCAAGAGGUUCUUAGCAUUGCAAAGGUUGAGGUUCCACCAGCGGAUAGUGCAGAAUCAAGCAAAGAGACUGAGAAAAGAAAAUACUUUGAUUCUGGAAAGAAAGAUGUUAAAACAGCUGAAUCCAUAGGUGAUAAUACUGAAACUCCAGAGAACAAAGAGUAUGAUGAGUUGAAUGUCUUAGCAGGAAAGCUCACUGGGGAACUGCAGUCUCUGGUUAAACCUGCGGAGAAACUAGUGGUGAACAUGGAUUGGACUGAUGUGAAAGAUUGUGCUGUGAGGCAUGAUGGUGACAACAAGAACUUUGAAACUCAAAAAACUCUCUCUGGCAAGAACACCAGGUCAAAUAAAUCAACUUCUGCUGAGAACGAUGUAGAUGUGAAAGUAACCAAAGGUCCAAAGUAUUUGAUGAAGAGGGGCAAAACAAAUAAUUUAGCUGCUAAAAGAGCUGUAAUUUCCCGAAGGGUUGCCAAAAGGAAGAAGUCUGAAAAUAAUAAAAAGCAGAAUGUGGAAAUAGAUAAUGGAAAAUGUUUGCCUGUAACAGGUGAACAGACAGGAACGGCACCUGAUCAUGAGUUGAACUCCAUGGAUAUGGAUAAGGAGAAUAGCCCUCUUAUGGGAGGCCAAAGCACGAAUCAUAAUGAUCGUGGAGCUGGCAGAAGUUCUCCGAAAUGUGAUAACAAAAGACCUCUAAAGGCUGGUGUUGCAAAUUCUCGCUCAUUGCAGGUUACUAAAGUAGGAACUGAGCCGAGAUGGUUUAUCCUUAGUGGGCAUCGGCUGCAAAGAAAGGAAUUUGAGAAGGUCAUCAAACGCUUGAAAGGAAAUGUAUGCAGAGAUUCUCAUCAAUGGUCAUAUCAGGCAACUCAUUUCAUUGUUCCUGAUCCAGUUCGCAGAACUGAGAAAUUGUUUGCUGCUGCCGCCUCUGGAAGGUGGAUCCUGAAGUCCGAUUAUUUAACAGCUAGCAAUGAAGCUGGAAGAUUGUUGGAUGAAAAAAAAUAUGAAUGGUACAAAAAGGGCUUAACAGAAGAUUUAGCAACCGACUUAGAGGCUCCAAGGAAGUGGCGGCUCCUGAGGGAGAGAACUGGACAUGGUGCAUUUUAUGGAAUGAAGAUAAUCAUAUAUGGAGAUUGCAUUGUACCACCAUUGGAUACACUGAAGCGUGCUGUCAAGGCCGGAGAUGGUACUAUAUUAGCAACUUCACCUCCAUACACUCGCUUCCUUAACUCAGGCGUCGAUUUUGCUGUUGUCGAUGAGACCAUGCCUCUUUAUGAUAUGUGGGUUCAAGAAUUCCUAAGGUGUGAAAUACCUUGCAUUUUGCCUGAUUACUUGGUGGCUUAUGUGUGCAAGCCCGGUUAUCCCCGUGACAAUUAUGUACAAUACAAUACUCAUACUUGGGUAGAAAGGUCACUGAAAAAACUGGCAGAUUGCUUGGAAGAGUUGGUUGCGGAUAUGGUGCCACCAGAUGACAACAGUAAGAUGGAAUGCUGAUAGUGUUGAUGAAAUGACUUCUAUGGAUUUAUAUUGAUAUUUUAUGUUUUUUUCUGUGACCAUGCUGUGAAUGUAUACCUGAGGAAGACUGGUUUUGCCUAGACUAUAGCAAGAAUAGUAUGAAGAUAACUACGUGCCGGAUGCAGGUGUUAGAGACUGUAUAAUUUUGUAUAGAGCAGUGUAUUGUUGCCAUUUCUUGGUACCAAUUUUCUUAUGCCGGAGUCUGCGGAUCAUGAUUUGAGCCUGAAAGCGCAUCUCGAACAAUUAUUAUUUUUCUUAAGAUUGUAUCUAAUGAUUAAAUGUGUUGUUUGUCAUCUAUGUCAACACGGCUAGAAUAUAUCUCAA